GGUGAUAGAUACAUCAGUGGACCUGUGGCUGCCAGUCCUGUCCUGGGUCACCAGCGUCCCUUGGCAUCUCCCAACGGUGCCAGUGGCUGGGGAACAGUGGGGAAAGGCUCAGCUGUGCGGUGAAGUCCAGAGUCCCAGGUCAAAGAGCAGGAGCUGAGAGCAGCGUCUGAUGGGAAUGGCGUGUGCACAUGAAGUUUAAGUUUACCAAGAAGCAAGCACACAGCCUCCAGGGUGACUAGACACGGGUGUCUGUGUUCAGUCCAGAGAGGAGAGAAGGAGCUACUGGAUAUGAGAAUUGGACUUCUGUGGCUCUUCCCUCUCUUCACGCUCACUGAGGGCACUGAUGGCUUCCUGCAGCAGAAAAAUGAUGGCCACAGAACAAAAGAAAUUGUCAGUAUGGUUGAGGAAAGGCAUCCAGUCCAGGACUAUGAGGUGCUACUUCAGGUGACAUACAGAGAUCCAGAGGAGAAGAGAGAACUGAAGAGAUUUCUGAAGCUCUUGAAAUCUCCAUCGCCGAGUUUACGAGGUCCCAGCAAGAUCAUCAGAGUGAAGGCCACCACAUACUGCAGAAGCCGAAAAGGGUUCCUGGAGUGUGCCUGCGAAGACAGCUAUACGUGGUUUCCUCCCUCCUGCCUUGACCCCCAGAACUGCUGCCUUCACACAACUGGACCCGUCCCAAGCUGCAAUUGCUCUCUCAGAAGCCUCAGGCAGAGCAUUAAUUUCUGUGAGAGAGCAAAAGUUUGGGGCACUUUUGAAAUCGAUGAAAAUUUUCCUGAAGACCUUUGGAAUUCAUCAUCUGAUGUAUAUGCCCACUACACAGCUGGAAUUGAAAAUCAACUUAAAGAAGCGUACAGAAGAGUCCAUGGUUUUGAGUCAGUUCGGGUCACCCAAUUUCGGAAGGGAAGCAUCGUUGUUGGCUACGAAGUGACCGGCUCCACUAGCCCUGCUGAACUCCUCUCUGCCAUUGAACAGGAGGCUGAAAAGGCACAGGUGGCCCUGAGGAGGCAGUUUCCAGUCAAAUAUGGCUCUUUUCGAGUAUUCGGGAAAGCUUCGUGUAACAGCAUCUCCUUUGGAUUCGGGUCUGAGAAUGAUGAAUAUACUCUACCCUGCAGCAGUGGCUUCACAGGAAGCAUGACGGUCAGGUGCCAGUCCUCUGGGUGGCAGAUCACCAGGGAGUCCUGUGUGCUCUCUCAGCUGGAAGAACUGAAGAAGGAGCUCAGGAUGAUCGCAGGCAAGAUCACAGAGGCGGGUGUGGCAUCUUUGGUGCAAAACCUUUCCACCAUCCUUCUGCAAAGCCCAUCCACCACAGUUGGGAACCUGGGCUCUGUGGUGUCACUUCUGAGCAACAUUUCAUCGCUGUCGCUGGCAAACUCUUUAACUGUGUCCAAUCUGACACUGAUGAACGUCAUCAACAUAGCUGAUCAUAUCCUGGAUUCAGCCUCCAUAACAAAUUGGACAAUUUUAUUACAAGAUGCAAAGGAUGCCAGCUCCCAGCUACUAAAGACAUUGGAAAGCAUCAGUAGUCUCAUCUCUUCCAUGGCUCUGCCUCUUAAUUUUUCUGGAAAAUUCAUUGACUGGAAAGGGAUCCCAGUGACCCAAAUCCAGAGCACACAGGGCUACAACUAUCAGAUGGAAAUGAGACAAAAUGCCUCUCUGCCUAUCCGAGGCCACGUGUUUAUUGAACCAGAUCAAUUCCAGAAAUCCCACCCGAACACUAUUAUCAGCAUGGCCUCAUUGACCUUUGGGGACAUUCUACCCAUUACCCAGAGAGGAAAUGCAUGGGUCAAUGGUCCAGUGAUAUCCACACUUAUUCAAAACUAUUCCGUCAGCGAAAUUUUCCUGAACUUUUCCAAAAUCAAGGGAAACCUGACCCAGCCUCACUGUGUAUUUUGGGAUUUUAGCCAGUUGCAAUGGAGCAAUGCAGGCUGCCAACUGGUUAAUGAAACUCCGGACACAGUACUGUGCCGAUGUAGUCACCUGACCUCUUUCUCCAUGCUCAUGUCACCCUUUGUCCCCUCUUCUGUUGUUCCUGUGGUAAAAUGGAUCACAUACAUAGGGCUGAGCAUCUCCAUUGCAAGUCUCAUCUUAUGCCUGAUCAUCGAGUCUCUGUUUUGGAAGCAGACCAAGAGAAGCCAAACCUCCUACACACGCAACAUUUGCCUGGUGAACAUCGCCUUGUCACUCUUAAUUGCUGAUGUUUGGUUUAUCAUUGCUGCCACUGUGGACCCCUCUGUGAGCCCUUCUGGAGUCUGUGUGGCUGUGGUGUUCUUUACCCACUUUUUCUACCUUGCCGUGUUCUUUUGGAUGCUCGUUCUGGGCAUCCUGCUGGCUUAUCGAAUUAUCCUAGUGUUUCAUCACAUGGCUCUGACUACCAUGAUGGCUAUUGGCUUCUGCCUAGGCUAUGGGUGCCCUCUCCUUAUAUCCAUCAUCACCCUUGCUGUCACCCAACCUAGCAAUAGCUAUAAAAGGAACGAUGUGUGUUGGCUUAACUGGUCUGACAAGAGCAAACCUCUCUUGGCGUUCGUUGUUCCUGGUUUGACUAUUGUGGCUGUGAACUUGGUUGUGGUGUUGCUGGUCCUCAGGAAGCUUUGGAGGCCAGCAGUUGGAGAAAGACUGAAUCAGGAUGACAAGGCCACUGCCAUCCGCAUGGGAAAGAGCCUCCUCGUGCUGACCCCGUUGCUAGGGCUCACCUGGGGCUUUGGCAUAGGAACAAUGGCAGACAGCCACAAUCUGGCUUGGCAUGUUCUUUUUGCUUUAUUCAAUGCUUUCCAGGGAUUUUUCAUCUUCUGUUUUGGAAUUCUCCUGGAUACCAAGCUGCGGCAACUUCUGUCCAACAAGUUGACUACAUUAAGUUCAUGGAAGCAAACAUCAAAGACAAAGAGAGAACUACAGAGAAAGGAGGGCCUGGGCAAAUGCAUAUGUGCACUGGAAGCCCUUAGGAUCUAUGAUGCUGUGUCAGGCUCUGUGCUGCCGCCACUACUGGUAGCAGGCCAGUGCAUUCAGAGACAGUUUCUGCUGUAUCUUCUGCUGACAUUCCUGACACAGUCAGCAGAAAAGAACCUCAAGGCGAGUCCAUAUGAGGCAGGAUUAGAGUUUAGCACGUAUGCACUUUCUCAUACUGGAGAUUCGUCCAGUGACAUCACAUUAACUCAGUUUCUAUCAACUGAAUAAAGCCACGAGUCACAAGCAAGGGCAAAUUUUUUCUUGGAACAACAUGCCAUUCAAAGCCACACAGCAGGCAUCGAAGACAAGCACAGAGUCAGAUGAGACUUUCUGAUGUGGGAGUCCAAGGAUAAAACUGGUUACUCUGGGGCUAGAGAGAUGGCUCAGCGGCUAAGAGCACUUGUUGCUCUUGCAGAGAACCUGGACUCAAUUCCCAGC